CCGUAACAGGAUAUUUACGCAGCCCUAAGCACCUAUACCUUGUGCGCUUGCUUCUGCUAGACUCGCAUGAUCUCGCAGUUGUAGUUGCUUAACGGACUUGAAGAUAUUUUGAGUGGUUAAAUUUCAAGUGUGUUGCUAAGGAUCAGAAUUACCAUGGCUACUGUCAAACCUCAGUUGCGUGGACUGCUUGGUAAGUCCAUGAAGAUUCAUUUGCCUUUGGCCAUUACUGUUGGUCUCUCAGCAGCCCUUACGUGGAAAUAUGCAGUUGCCGAACCAAGGAAAAAAAAAUAUGCCGAGUUCUACAAGACUUAUGACGCUGAUAAAGCUUUCCGAGUAAUGAGGAAUGCUGGAUUGCUGCAAUCUGUGGGUCCUGAAUAAAAGAAACCAAAGCUCAAUAUCCACGAAUAGAUUAUUAUGAGCUGGAUUCUUCUGUAGUCUACUCUACUGUACACUGAAUUGCAAUAAACUCAUAGAAAGUUCCGUUUUUUA